AUGGAUUAUUGUGCACAGAAUAGUCUCGAUGCCGUUGAAAGUCUCGAUGAUAUUAUCGCGUUUAAGGAAAUGAGCGAGGCAUUCAAAUACGAGAAGCCGUCGAGUGAUUUUCCCAAAUUUGAAUGCGGCGAAACACUAUCGGCGCAACCCGGCAUGUAUCAGACGACGUGCUCGAUAAUGGAUUGCGAUUCGCAAACAAUGUCGGAGGUGUUGGCCGAGAAUCACGAGACCGCCGGCGACGACGUCUUCUCGCCGGUGAAAGCCACCGCGCAAUUCGGCUACAAUCCGGCGAACAACGUCUACUAUAAGGAUUACACGACGGCGCCGUCGAGCUACAACAUGUUUCUCAAUUAUCCGUCGUAUUCAUUACCCGGCUCGACGGCGUCGUGCUCCACCGGAAUGGACUCGUUCUCGCAAGGCAUGACGAUGGACGCGAGCGUUUUUACUGGUCAAAAUUCGAAUUUCUACUAUCCGAAUCCGAUUGGCUAUGGGUAUGAUCAGUUGGCGGCUGCCACCACCACCGCCACCGCCGCCGCCGCCACCACCACCACCACUGCCAACAACAACACAAGCGGUACGUCGAAUUUGGCGAGAAUCAGCGCGGCGGGAAUGACGCCGACGACGACGGCAACGGUGGCCGGAUGCUCGUCGGCGACGUCGACGGGAUCAUCGAGCUCGUCGAGCAUGUCAAACAACUCGACGUCGAUUAAAAUUGGCAAAAUUCGAAGUGGCUCGAUGUCGAAUGCGAACAUCGAAGGUCGCGAAUGUGUGAAUUGCGGUGUUCAAAACACGCCGUUGUGGCGUCGCGACGGCAACGGGCAGUACAUGUGCAAUGCGUGCGGAUUAUAUCACAAAAUGAACGGAUCGAAUCGGCCGUUGGUGAAGCCGAAAAAGCGGCAGAGCGCCCAAAAACGAACGGGAGUCUCGUGUGUGAAUUGCAAGACGAACACGACGACGCUGUGGAGGCGAAACGGCUCCGGCGAGCCGGUGUGCAACGCGUGCGGUCUCUAUUACAAGCUUCAUCAGGUCGAGCGGCCGCUAACAAUGAAGAAGGAUGGGAUUCAGACGCGCAAUCGAAAGUUGACGACGAAAGGUGGCAAAAAGAUCAAAAUUGAUAACGGCAUGAUCGGAAUGGAGAUGGACGCGAGUCAGACGGUGUCGGCGGUUUGGGGGAUGAAGGCCAACAACACGCAGUCGAUGCUGAUGACCGCUUCGGCCGGCUAUCCGUUUGCGGCGAACAAUUUCUAUUUUGCGCCAACCAAUCAGCUGGAUGACGCGGACUUUAGCAAGCCGAUUCAUCAGAUGGUGAUAACGCCUCAUGAGUUUGCCAAUCAGCUGCCGAAAGCGUGCCCAUAA